GAUACUCUAAAUUAGAUAACUGCCGCUUUCAAUCCAAUUUUUGUCUGUCUAAAAGGCGGGUUUUUUUAUAGAUUGUAAUGAUUGACAAAGAUACAGAAGGAAACACAUUUACUGAAAUACAGGCAGAACCGAACAGAAUUCAGGGUAAAAAGCGAUUCAUGAGAGGAAGUGCCGGCUUCAAAAAACAGAAGCCAAUAACAUCAGAUUUUCAAAGUGGACUCCAUGGUGUUCUAGUAACCGUGGACAGAUGUAGAGAACAUAAGGCUGCUCGAGAAGUACUAGAUUUAUUCAACGAUGUAGCAGAGCAACACAAACCGUCAAAUUUAGAAUAUUCCGAAUCUUCGGAUCUGGAAUCGCAACUGUAUGAAGAGGUUCGGCAACUAAAGGAACAAAAGCCUCAAAGAUUUGAAGUAAUUGAUAGUGGGUGCAAAAACCUUGUAUUUAUCAAUUUCUUGGAUAAGAAUUUAGACCCAAUUGAAUUCGUUCAUGAAACGCUCGACUACGUAAUUAAUGUAACCAAAGAGCCAAGAACAAGAUACACAAACAGAAUAAUUCCGAUUCAAAAAACCUGCGCAGCAUCAGAAAACUCUAUCGCUAAAACGGCGGUUUCAUUGAUCGAAUUAGCUUUUCAAAGAAAAACAGGAGAAGAUGAAAAGAGUAGCGGCUACAAAUACAUGGUUGAGCUAAAGUCCAGAAAUAACAAUUCUAUCUUCAAAGAGAGCAUACGUGACCUGUUAGUAUCUAAAAUGGAUCCUAGCCAUUCCGUAGAUUUAAGACAUCCGGAUAAAAUCAUCAUGGUAGAAAUAUUCAAAAAAGCAUGCGGAAUUGCUAUUAUCGACAGUAAAAUGAAUAAUCUGUAUAAACGAUACAACAUCCGUACAAUAACCAUGAAUUUGAAACAGUCAGAAGUACAGAUUGCGAAUUCUGAGGGCUCGUAAUUCAAAUAUUCGAUUUUGUCAAGGUUUCGGUAGAAUUAAUUUCAAUCUCCGCUGUCUUGCUGUAAGUGCGCGCUGAAGAACACCUUAAAGAGGGAAAUAUCUAGCGAAGGUUGGUUACCGUCGCUUGAAAUUUACGUGGCUUAUUCAAUAAAAAUUUUGUUAAACUGCAAUUUGUAGCUUUACGCAAAAAACUUGUGAACUAAUACAAUGUCUAUGCCAAACAAGAAAUAUGCCAACAUUAUACAAUAGCCAUUCAUAAUGCAGCGAGACAGGGCUAAGUCGAAAAGAAACGAGCUAUAUUGUUAACCCAAAAUUGUAAAAAGACAUACAUUGCUAGCUGUUAACCACCAUCACGUUAGCAAAAUCAAGUUAAACAUUUUUACAAGGACUGCAUAUAAAAAAAUGCAUCCAAAAUAGUCUAGAUCAUCAUCAGUAAAAUAACCAAAUCAAAAUAGAAUUUGAACGGCUUAUAGUUUUGAUUAAGAUAUAGUCAUUGUCCCUCUCCCUUGAGAAAUAAUAUAUUUUGAGUAGCUUCUAAA